CUGUGUUGUCACUCCACCACCUCAAUAUACCUCCACAGUGUGCGACGCUCUGUUGUUGAACUUCACAACACCACACAACUUAUGUGUCUUCCUUCACAGUGUGGGAUGAUGAAGUCAACGACGAUGUGUGUACUGGUGGUGAUGCUAGUGGGAAGCAUCAUGGGGAAGUUGUCUCCACCUGAGAGGUCCUAUAAGAUCCUCAUGCUCCUCCCAGUCUCCUCCAGGAGUCACAGGAAUGUCUUCACUCCUCUCGCUGAGGCUCUGGCCGACCGUGGACAUAAAAUAGUAAUGUUGACCAAUCAACCGAAGUCGUCCAAACAUCCUAACAUUGAAGAUAUUCCUCACGACCUCCCAUACUUCAGGUUGGAUAGUAUUAACGUUUUCGACAACAGGAAGAACCAGAGUAGACCCAUGCAAAUCUUAGAGACUGUUCUACCAGCUGUUGCUAGGGAGUUGUACAAAGUCCCUGUGGUGAAGGACCUUUAUAAAAAAAGGAAGGAAUUUGAUGUUAUGGUGAUUGAUCAACUGUUCAACGAAGUUGCAUAUCCCUUCCUGCACGAAGUUCCCUUCAUUACACUAUCAACAUCAGGGAUGGAACCACGCCAGAGUGCCGUUCUCGGCAACGUUGUCAACCCAGCCUACGUCCCUAACUUCAUGCAAGACUACCCAAAACCCAUGAACCUCUGGAAUCGCUUCUGCAAUACGUUGGCACAAAUUAGAUUGGCGCUUUACUGGCGGAAAUGGACCAUUGUGCCAAUGGUACAAAAAGAGAUCUCAGCUCAGUUCCCGGAGCUGCCACUGUUGUUGGACCUGGAGAGGAACGUGAGUUUAUCGCUGCUCAACAGUCACUUUUCUAUCAGCACACCACUGCCUCUCCUGCCCUCACAGGUGGAGGUGGGCGCCAUGCACUGUCGUCCUGCCAACCCUCUUCCUGAAGAAUUAGAAUCGUGGAUCACUGGAUCGGGAUCUUCUGGCGUAAUUUACUUCAGUUUGGGAUCUGUUGCUCGCAGUUCCUCAAUGCCAGUCCAGUACCGCGACCUCUUCAUCCAGGCUUUCCGCAGGCUGCCACAGCGAGUCAUCUGGAAAUACGAGGAAGAGCUGGAGGACGUCCCUGACAACGUGAUGAUCAGCAAGUGGCUUCCCCAGCAAGACAUUCUUGCUCACAACAACGUGAAGGUGUUCAUCACACACGGUGGUCUCCUCAGUAUGCAAGAAGCCAUCUACCACGCCACGCCACUCCUCGCUCUACCUAUCUUCGGUGACCAACCCAGGAACGGUAUUUUUAUUAAGAAAUCUGGAUUAGGAGACUUUUUGAUAUGGGAAGAACUUACUGCCGACAUGAUCAUUGACUCUCUCACCGAAAUUCUUAACGAACCCAAGUAUAAGGAAAACGUGCUGAGGAUGUCAGUGCCACUGCAUGAUCAGCCUGUACCACCCACGGAGCUGGCAGUGUUCUGGACGGAGUACGUCAUCCGUCACAGAGGUGCGCCCCAGCUGAGGUCACCAGCGGCACAGCUCUCCUGGGUGGAGUUCCUCAUGCUGGACGUUAUCUUCAUACUCCACUUGGCAAUAAUUGUCCUUCUAUUCAUUCUACGUCGCGUCUUCAGAGUCAUCACUGCUAAAAUCUUCGGAAGUAGUGGCAAAAUGAAGAAGAAAAAUGAGUAGCAAUACCUUCAUUGUGGGCAGGAGUACAUUGUGUUAAAAAGUAGGUCGCUCGUGCCUCUCGCAGCUACUGGAUCAGUAUGAUAUGGUCUUGGAUGCAUUGGAAGAACAACAGAAAGAAGGUGCAAUAUACACAGCCUUUGAAAAAGCCUUUGACAAGUGCCAUCAUGGUGUAAUAGCGCACAACAUACGUGCUAAAUAAAUAGCUGGUAGAGUG